UCAGUAUUUUCUACUCCUGAGAUUAUUACUUGUCUAGUGACACAAUGUUCCACAAUAUGUGUACACUACAAAAGUGCGCUUCAUACCAUGCCUUGACAUUAACUCGAUCAAUGCAUCUUCUAAAAGAUCUGGCAUAUAUAAAUGGAAAAUGGGUAGGAGCAAGCAGUAAACAAAUGUUUCCUGUUCAUAAUCCAGUUGAUAAAUCCAUUAUUAACAAUGUGCCUGAUAUGGAUGUUGUGGACACAAGAGCAGCAAUUGAUGCAGCAUCUAAAGCUUUUGAAUCAUAUCGUGCAACAAGUGCAAGAGAUCGAAGUAAUUUGCUCAGAAAUUGGUACAAUCUGAUGGUGAAGCAUUCAGAAGAUUUGGCACAAAUUUUGACUAAAGAAAAUGGAAAGUCUCUCGCUGAGUCUAGAGCAGAAAUUAACUAUGGAAAUUCCUUUAUUGAGUGGUUUUCAGAAGAAGCUAAAAAAGUUGAUGGAGAAGUGUUACAAGGUGGUGAUCCUAGCAGACACUUAUUUUUACUGAGACAACCAGUCGGAGUAGCUGCUUUGAUUACACCAUGGAAUUUUCCUCAUGCUAUGAUUACUCGUAAAGCAGGAGCAGCUCUAUCUGUUGGGUGCACAUGUGUAGUAAAGCCAUCUGAAGAUACACCUUUAACUGCUUUAGCAAUGGCUGAACUUGCAGAAAAAGCAGGAUUCCCAAAUGGGAUCUUUAAUGUGGUUACAACGAGUCAGAAAAAUUCUCCUUCUGUGGGUAAAGAAUUAUGUGAACAUCCUAAAGUAAGAGUUUUAUCGUUUACUGGUUCCACAGCUGUAGGAAAAAUUUUGUACAGACAAUGUGCUUCAACCAUGAAACGACUUAGUCUUGAAUUAGGAGGUAAUGCACCAUUUAUUGUUUUUGAUUCAGCACAGUUGGAUAUAGUUAUAAAAGGUGCUAUGGCAAGUAAAUUUCGUAAUACUGGCCAGACAUGUGUUUCUGCAAAUAGAUUUUUUGUACAAGCUGGUAUAUUCGAUCGAUUUGUUGAAAAUUUUUUGGCAAAGAUUAACACUGAAAUUAAAAUGGGCGAUGGUAGUAAGAAGGACAUUACACAUGGACCUCUUACCAAGGAAAGUCAGUUACAUAGUGUGCAUGGACUUGUUACUGAUGCAGUGAAAAAAGGAGCAAAAGUACAUUGUGGUGGUAAACCAUUACCCGAGUUAGGACCACUGUUUUAUGCUCCCACUCUUAUAACAAAUGUGACUGAAGAUAUGGUAAUAUACAAUAAAGAGAUUUUUGGUCCAGUAGCAGUUAUUAAUAAAUUUGAUACUGAAGCUGAAGUUAUACAGAAAGCUAAUGAUACACCAGUUGGUUUAGCUGGAUACUUUUAUUCUCUUGAUGUAUCACAGAUAUUUAGAGUAGCCAAAGCAUUAGAAGUUGGGAUGGUUGGUGUGAAUGAGGGAUUGAUUUCAUGUGCAGAGGCUGCUUUUGGAGGGGUGAAAGAAUCAGGCAUAGGUAGAGAAGGAUCUAAACAUGGUGUUGAUGAGUAUGUUGAUAUUAAAUAUGUAUGCAUUGGAAAUAUUAAGCAGUAA